AUUUAGGAAGAAAAGAGUGAAUGUGGGAAAUCUGAUGUUGAAGCUUUACCUAAAAUUACAAAAAUUCCACAACCAGUAGGUAUUGUUUGUGGGGAAGGAGAGCUGGUGGUUAUGAGAAAGAGAAGAUUACAUAGAUGUGCUUUAUUGAUUAGAGCUUUUGGAUGUAUCUAUCUUGUUAUCACACUAGUCAGAUCUGUCUCUUCUGGGCUUGAGUUCUUCUAUGAUACCGCAGAAGUUGGGUUGAGAAUAGAAGAAUCUGAAGCUGAGAAUAAUUACAUUGCUCCCAGAAGAGGAUAUCUAGCCUUAUUUUAUUUCUUUUACUGUAGUUCUGUGUAUAUCUCACUUUUUUGAUCUUAUCUAUUUAUUGCAAAAUCAUUUAGCCCCACAAGAGCUUCAACCUGGAAGCUCUGGUGGUGGAUUCUGUUGCUUUUCCUUCUUCAACUUCUGUGGUUAAUCCUGUCUCACAUGUGACUCUACAUUGGUCUGAAGGAUAAAAUAGCCUCAAUGAAAAAGGAUAGCCAAGAAUCCUCUUCUGGAACUGAGGAUAAAAUAAAAGUAGAAGAAGUUGAAGACAUAAUUAUAAUGGAAGCAAUAAUUGCCUUUGUUAUCCCAUGACUUUGCUCUUGUGUGACUUCAACUCUCAUUCUGUCAGGACUUUAUAAAUAUCACACUAUUGCCAAAGAAUACGAUAUAUAUUGUGGCUUACGCUCAAUCGACCUCACAGCAAUCCAACCAAUCCCCCAAAUCAGAUCCUACACCAAAAUGCAAGACCCCUCCGAAAAAAUUGUCAGAGGAGAAGUUAUCAACCUUCCCACCAAAGAACAACUCAAUACCUAAUUCCUUACCCCAAAAUUUCAAAAUUAUCCCAAAACUAACAUUC